AUGCGUCCCCUCAUCCUCCACCCCUCCGCCCUCACAAACGCAGAGUACUCCCUCUACCUCGCCUCCCUCCGCGAUCUUGCAGACAACGACGUCCCCGCCCUCGCAGAUCCGCAGCGACACGACCACGAACACUUUGCCGUCGGCGUCCGCGAGGCCCGCGCCUGGCUCAGAGGCAGGUAUGCCGGCCUUGCCCCCGGCGUCAUCGACUCGAUUCUGCGCCUCUUCUGCCCCGCCCUCGCCCCCGCCGACCUCCUCACCGGAGGCCAGUUCUUCGCCGUCCUCCGUCUCGUGCACCACGCCCUCGCAGGCAAGGACGUCGACAGUGCGCUGGUGUUCGUCCAGGCGCAUCCCGACCUCUCGCCCUCUCCUCCCAUUCUGACCCCUCGCCCGUCGGAAGGCCACCAUCGUGCCUCCAACUCCGCCCCGGACCUCCCGACGCCCGACGCGAAUGUCACACCAAACCCCUUCUUCACGCGCACCAUCCCCGCGACGCCUUCGCCUACUUCCACACCAGCCCCGCCUGCGGUGCCCCCCAAGCCCAGCACCAACCCCUUCCUCGCGCGCAGGAGCUCUGAAGUAGCGCCUGGCGCCCGCGUGCCAUCCCUCCAGUCGCGCGCCCGCAGCGAGGGCCGCACCCCUCCCCUCCCGCCGCGCAAACCCACCAACCCCGUCAUCCCGCCCCCGCGCCACGCAGCCGCCCUCGCGCCGCCCGCGCACCCGAAUCUCCUCAUCCAGCAGUCCCUCCAGGCGACACGUGUCGCCCAGAGCCUCAAGAAGGCCGAGCAGCGCCUCGAGCAGGAGCGCGUCCUCGAGGUGCUCAAGAGCUCCAGCGCCCACGGUGGCGGCCGCCGCACGCGCAGCAACAGCCCCUCGCGCGCGUACGAUCCCCGCGACGGCGCCGCAUCCGAGAGCGCGGGCUCGGGCGACAGCCUCAGCCUCGAGAGCGCGGGCGCGCGCGGCGCGCGCACCCCGAGCCUGCCGCCGCGCCGCAAAAUCAGCCCGCCCGCGUCGACGCUGUCGGGCUCCACCAGCCGCUCGCUCGAGCAGGUCGCCCGCGCGUCCGUCCCGUUUCGGCCCGCGCUCGCGCCUGCCUCCGCCUUCAAGCCGGCGCUCCCCCCCGCCGCCCUCGCAGACCUCCCCGCCGACCCGCCGCCGACGCACCCGGACCGCAAGCCCUCGCUCGACGCGGAGCGGCCGGCGCCCGACACGCCGCGCAUGUUCCGCUCGAAGAGCAUGCACCACGCGUCGCCGCCCCCGCCGCCGCCCGCCCCGCCCGCGCGCAAGCGCCGCCCCGAGAGCGUGCAGCUGCAGCUGGGCCCCGCGGCCGGCGGGGACGCGUCGCCGUUUGUGUCGCCGUCGCCGUCGGUGGCGUACUUCCCGUCGUCGCUGUCGCACCAGGGACCGGGCUCGCCGUCUCGUCAGGGCUCGCUCUCGCGGCACCAUUCGCUCUCGUCGAGCGGCAGCGUCGGCGCGCGCGCGGGCUCGUUCCACAGCGACGGCGCGCCGGCGCCGCUCGCGGACCUGCGGCGCACGCUGAGCAGCCUGCACCAGCGCGCGGCGCCGCGGCUCGACUCGGCGCGGUACAAGGCGGAGGCGGCGUUCACGCCGCGCGGGUUCGUGCAGCACGCGCAGCCGGGCACGCGGUGGAUGCGCGAGGACGGCGAGGAGAGCUUGAUCGAGGGGGACGAUGAUAGCGGGCUGGGCCAGGACGAUGCGGCGGGCGUGGACCGGGACGUGGACGUGGAGGAGUACAGCGGGGACGAGAGCGAGCUUAGCCAGCGAUUGCGGAAGAUACGGAUGCGCGAGGGCGCUGAGGAUGGGCAGGAGAAGGCGGCGGCGGCGCGGCGAGUGGGCGUCGAGAGGGACGAGUUGAAGUGGCCGGCGGGCGAUGGGUGGGAGCGGCUGUGA